AUGCUGGAUAAAGCCGGUGACAAAGAGCAGCAAUCUGGGCUCUGCUCGGACUGCGGAUGCAGAUUCAGCCCCGGCCCCGACUCCCCCAACACCUCGGCUGCUCCUGCACAAGAGGAGGCCGGCAACACAGAAAGUCGCACCAAAUGUCCGUCCUGCCAGGCAGGUGGCAGCCGCAGCAGCCCCCCAAAUGGUCGGCGGCCCCACCGGCGCAUCCGCCUGGACCCUCACAGCUGCGGCCUGUGCUCCAAAACCUUCAUCUCCUACGCCCACCUGAACCUUCACCUGGCCUCCCACAACAAGGAGAGGAAGUUUAAAUGCGGCAUCUGCGGCAAGUACUUCCAUCAGUCCUCCCACCUGAUGGCUCACAAGAUAAUCCACAGCGGGGACAGGCCGUUCAAGUGCCCCGAGUGUGGAAAGACCUUCGGACGGGCGUCGCAUCUGAAGACUCACCGUCGGCUCCACACAGGCGAGAAGCCUUUCAAGUGCACCUACUGUGACAAGUCCUUCACCCAGAAGGCCGGACUCCUGGCACACGUCCGCCUGCACACCGGGGAGAGGCCGUACAAGUGUGAGCAGUGUGGUAAGGGCUUUCGAUCCCUGCCGCUCCUGCUCUCCCACAAGGCUCAGGAGGAGUCCGGGCAGGCGGCUCCGGCCGCAGCGCCGCUGGACCCGCCGCAGGGCGCGCAGAGCAGCCCGGAGGACCUGAAGUGCGGCGUCUGCUGCCGCACAUUCGUGCGCUCCUCGUACAUCAGGCUGCACAUCCGCCUGAAGAAGGGACAGAGACCCUAUCACUGCAAAGUGUGCAACAAGACCUUUGUCAAGCUGGACACGUUUGUGAACCACUGCGACAAACACUUGAGGCAGAAAAAGGAGAAAAACAAGGAGGUCAAAGACAGAGUUGUGAAACCUCCCUUGUUUGUUCCACUCUCCAAGUCUCCAUCUCCAGAGUCCGCUCCGUCUUUAUCCUCAGAGGUCAACACACGCUCUAGAAUGAAAGCAAAGGCUAAGACUGAGUCCUAA